GGCGACCAGAGACAAAAAAUCGACUCUCACCUUUGCUUGCUAUCAUAUCGUACUACGAGAGGAAUUGAAGGGGGGGUUCACACUCGUUUUUUUUCGCCCAAUUCAGCCCGUUCACCUCUUCAAUUCCCCUCCUCACGAUUAACGAACGAACAAACGACAAACACACGAUCAAUGAACGCCCUACCGGUGUCAUAUCAUAGCCGAGACAAAAAAUGGGCUUCGUAAACCCCGGCCGCUCCUCAACCCGGCUAAACAAAACAUUCGGAAAACGCUACAACAACCGCCCUCCUUCACCCCCUCCUCGAAAACGUCGAAAAACCCUCUCACCAUAUUCCCCCUCCUCUUCCUACCCUACACCAUCGUCAUCAACGACCCCCUCGCCAAAUCUCUCCCGUCAUCAAACCCCCCUCUCCACGGCCUCCCCGCCACCACGCCCACUGCCAACCCGUGAUCCCCCAACCCUGCAAACCCUCCCACCGGAACUCCUCCAACGCAUCUUCCUCUUGAGCAAAAACCCGCGACUCCCCGCAACGACCCUCCGCCUCACCCGCUCCCUCUCCGCCCCAGUUCUAAAACACGAGUACAUCCGUAUACACUACGGCUCACACAUUCCUCCGGAACUCCUCCUCCGUCGCUUCUUUACCGCUCAAUUCCUACGCACUCACGAGAGCCGGUACCAAUCCACACUAACAUUCGCACCGGAUGCAUUCCUCCCCCCACACCGGUAUUCUAUUGAGGUACUGCGCUUACUGCUCCUCCGCGGGGCAACCCUGUCAGCGGGGGACGCGGACGAGUGGACCGCUGUACUCAGGGAGGGCGUACAUGAGGCAGACUUGGAGUUUGUCAGGGCUCUGCUGGAGGAAGCGGGGGUGAGACCCGAUGAAGAAUGUCUGGGGCUAGCGAUUGAGAAGGGAUGGGUGGAGGGGAUGGAGGUCUUGGCCGAGAGGGGCGGGGUCGGGUUGGGUGGGCGAGGGAUCUGGGAGAAGGCGCUCGAGGUGGGAAAGGAUGGGAGGGGUGCCGAAUUGGAGUUUCUGUUGGAGAGGGGAUGUCCACCUGCGGCGUUGUUGGGGAGGGUUUGGGAGGUUAUUAAUGGGUCGAGGCGGUGACCGGGAAAGGGGAGGGGGUCGAUUUGCUUUACUUUGCUUUGCCACGUCUUCUUGUACAUUUUAGGGAUGCUCCCGUAGAUGGAUUUUUCAUGACACGUUUCAUUUUUUUCCUGUACAUUCUAGGGAUUCUAGGGACCGGCAGCGGGGACAAUUGUAGAUGGCUGCAUGGAAAAUCACUCGCAUUCGUAGAAAAAUACACUGUC